AUGGCAUAUGGAUGUGGUGAUAAUCUUAGGGGCGAAAAAAUAGCUAUGGUCGAAAAUAGUCAAAAGUCAAAGGUCAACUACAUGAGUUUAGUGGAUGAUUUUGGAGGAAAAAAUGUGAAGAGAGAGUUAUUCCUAUAUUAUGCUGAUGUUAACCAAGCCCCGGCUUGGAAUGGGAACGUCUUUAGCCCUUCCAUCAAGCGACUCACCAUCAAUCACGAUUACCCCGAGUACCCUGAAGUUCACAGUGAAGUUUGGUUUGAUACACCCAGUCUUGUGUACCUUGACUAUUCUGGUCAUGUCUCGCGUUGCUAUACCGCUGAAUUGGGUUCCCUUGUAGAAGCUAGACUCAAUCUUCAACCAUGGGAGCAACUUAUUGACUCAGACGAUGAUACAGACGAUGAGGGUGAUUUUUAUAGUUAUGAUCCUAAUUGGGAAGCAGUUUCGAAAGAUGCUACGGGUCUGGUUGCAAUGAUAAGCAAUGUUAAGACCCUUCACUUGUCUUCAGAAUCUCUUGAGGUUUUUCACUCUCUGUGUAAAGCAAUGCCAGCGUUUCAAAACCUCCUUACGUUAUCGUUUGAGAGUGACAAAGAAAGAGGCUGGCAAGUGGUGCCACUUCUUCUCAAGAGCUCUCCAAACCUAGAAACUUUAGUCAUCAAGGGACUUGUGCACAAAGUUACUAAUAAGAAGAAGGGAGAAUGUUGUUUAUCGACAUGUCAAGUGAAGGUGUUAAACAUUUCAGGGUAUCGCGGAACUUGUCGUGAGCAGAAGCAGAUGAGUCAUUUCUUGGCAAAUUUGAAAUGUCUGGAGACUGUCAAGGUGGGUGUUGAAGUGGAUCACCGAGAAGACAACGAUGCUAAUAAUACGUACCUGAGAAUCACCAAUGCUCUUAUGAAGCUUCCUAGAGUUUCAUCAAACUGUCGGAUCCAUUUCCUCUGAUAAAUCUUUUCCAUCUUUGUUUAUCUGCCGAAAACCUUUUUUUUAUUUGAUUGUUGCAAAACAUUAUUGUAUUAAACUCUUAAAUCUUUUAAUUUAAUCAUAGCUAUAUCUUGUAAUAUUUGUUUUAAAAUUU